AUGCGCUCUUUCGGACCCUGGGCGCUGAGCCUACUAGGCGCCACGGCCGCUGUUUCUGCUGCAGAUACCCAGUCCGAAACACCAUCCGACGUCAUUUCGUUGACCAAGGAGACUUUCAAUGAUUUCCUGGCGGAGAAUGAACUGGUUCUCGCAGAGUUCUUCGCGCCCUGGUGCGGCCACUGCAAGGCGUUGGCACCCCAGUACGAAGAAGCCGCCACCGAGUUGAAGGCCAAAAACAUUGCUUUGGUCAAAGUUGACUGCACUGCGGAGGAGGACGUCUGUAAGGAGCAGGAAGUGACGGGCUACCCAACCCUCAAGGUCUUCCGCGGCCCCAAUGUUGUAAAGCCUUAUGCAGGAGCUCGAAAGACAAAAGAUAUUGUCUCGUAUAUGGUGAAGCAAUCGCUCCCUGCGGUCUCCGCUGUCACCGAAGAAUCUCUCGAAGAGUUCAAGACCCUGGACAAGAUCGCCGUCAUCGGGUACUUUGCUGAAGAUGACAAGGAGUCCACUGAAGCUUACACAGCCUUCGCUGAGAGCCAGCGUGAUAACUACUUAUUUGGUUCUACCAACGACGCUGCGGUUGCUAGUGCCGAAGGAGUGAAGCAGCCGUCGGUUGUGCUGUACAAGGACUUUGACGAGAAAAAGGCGAUUUACGACGGAUCCCUUGACUCUGAAACCCUCCUCAGCUGGGUGAAGACCGCUAGCACGCCCCUCGUGGGUGAGGUUGGUCCCGAGACUUACUCUGCGUACAUCGCGGCCGGCAUUCCUCUGGCUUACAUCUUUGCUGAGACCACUGAAGAGCGCACUAAGUUCGCCGAAGAAUUCAAACCCAUCGCCGAGAAGCACAAGGGUGAGAUCAACAUCGCCACCAUUGAUGCCAAAGCCUUUGGUGCUCACGCUGGAAACCUCAACCUCGACCCCAAGACGUUCCCCGCCUUUGCUAUCCAGGAUCCUGCAAAGAACGCGAAAUACCCCUAUGACCAAGCUAAGGAAAUCUCGGCCAAGGAAGUCGGCAAGUUCAUUCAGGAUGUCCUGAAUGGCAAGGUCGAGCCCAGCAUCAAAUCUGAACCGAUUCCUGAAACUCAAGAAGGCCCUGUUACCGUCGUCGUGGCCCACUCGUACAAGGACGUCGUGAUUGAGAACGACAAGGAUGUUCUUCUGGAGUUCUACGCGCCUUGGUGCGGACAUUGCAAGGCUCUUGCCCCUAAAUACGAUGAAUUAGCCGAGUUGUAUGCCAAGAGCAAAGAUGCUGCGUCAAAGGUUACUAUUGCGAAGAUUGAUGCGACAGCCAACGACGUUCCCGAUUCCAUCACAGGUUUCCCGACCAUCAAGCUGUUCCCUGCCGGCUCCAAGGAUGCUCCUAUUGAGUAUUCUGGUUCCCGUACCGUGGAGGACCUCGCAAACUUCAUCAAGGAGAACGGCAAGUACGGGGUUGAUGCGUUCGCCGCCCAGGCCGAUGAUGUCGAGAAGGCCCAGGAGAUUACUGCCGAGACUGAGGCUGAGCCUUCUGCUGAAAAACCUGAACAUGAUGAGCUUUGA